AGGAUCCAAAGAGCAGCUCCAUCAAUCAGGUUCUUCCACUGGCAGCAGACCAGGCGGCACGCCAGCACCAGAUCCACUGCAGCUGCCUGGAAACCGUUCGUCUGCCAUCGGUUCUGCACAGCCAUGGCCACCAUCAGUGACCUCCCCGAGGAUGUGCUGGUGGAGCUGCUGUCCCUGCUGCCCGCCCGGGACCUGCUCCGUGCAUGCAGGCUGGUGUGCUCCCAAUGGCGCGACGUGGUGGAUCUCGCCACCCUCUGGAAGCGCAAGUGCCAACGCGAGGGGUUCUACGUACAGAGCUUGGACAGGAGCAUCACUGACUGGAAAGUGUUUUACCUGCUGUGCAAGCUGAAGAGGAACUUGAUCAAAAACCCCCGAGCCGAAGAGAACUUUACGCACUGGAAACUUGAUCAGAAUGGAGGAGAUAUGUGGAAGAUCGAGGAUCUGCCUGGACCUCUGGGGAAAGAGCUGCCAGACUCAGAAGUCCACAAAUACUUUGUCACUUCGUUUGGGCCAUGCUUCAAAUCUCAACUGAUUACUCUGCGGGAAGAAGGGUACUGGAAUGAGCUGAUGGAUGAGAAACGGCCUGAAAUUGUAGUCAAGGACUGGUAUGCUGCCAGAUUUGACUGUGGUUGUCGCUAUGAGCUCAGAGUGAGGCUGCUUUCUGAAAACUACAUUGUGCUUGAGGAGUUCUGUCCUGAGCCAGUGGUCAUAGAGCAGUGGAGUGACGCAAUGUGGAGAGAGAUUUCCCACACUUUCAGCAAUUACCCAGCUGGAGUUCGUUACAUCUGGUUUCAGCAUGGAGGCCAAGAUACCCAAUUCUGGGCAGGAUGGUACGGGAUCAGGGUGACAAACAGCAGCAUCACCAUUGGGCCACAGACAUUGAAGGCAAAUGAAGACACAGUAUAAGUGUUUUCUUUUACCUC